AUGGUGCAAGUCAAAAUGUCCAAGUCGCCCGUAGACCCACAGUCCGCGGUGGAAACGGGCUCUCUGUCGCACCGUUUCCAGCUGCCCAGGAAGUUGCCUAAACGCAAGAGCCGCUUCAAACGCUCAGAUGGCAGCACAUCUUCUGACACGACAUCCAGCUUCAUCAAACGGCAGGGGUCGGCCGAUUCGUACACCAGUAGACCGUCGGAUUCAGACCUGUCAGCGGAGGAGGACCGCGAGGCGUAUCGGCGUGAAGCCGAGCGCCAGGCACAGCUGCAGCUGGACAGAGCAAAGUCCAAACCUGUGGCGUUUGCAGUAAAGACGAAUGUGAGCUACUGCGGAGCUCUGGACGAGGACUGUCCUGUCCAAGGAGCUGCAGUCAAUUUCGAUGCCAAAGACUUCCUGCACAUCAAAGAAAAGUAUAACAAUGACUGGUGGAUCGGCCGGCUGGUGAAAGAGGGAGCGGACAUCACCUUCAUCCCCAGCCCUCUGCGACUGGAGGCGAUGAGGCUCAAGCAGGAGCAAAAGCAAAGGAAAACAGGGGGUAACUCCUCCAGUUUAGGGGACAUGGUGACAGGGAGUUGGAGGACCACGCCGCCAUCUGCAGCCAAACAGAAGCAGAAACAGGUAGGUGAACACGUCCCCCCCUACGACGUGGUGCCCUCUAUGAGGCCGGUGGUCCUCGUGGGACCAUCGCUGAAGGGCUAUGAGGUGACGGAUAUGAUGCAGAAAGCUCUUUUUGACUUCCUGAAACACAGAUUUGAGGGAAGGAUCUCCAUCACUCGUGUAACUGCCGACCUGUCUUUAGCCAAGAGGUCGGUCCUCAACAAAAGGCCCAUAAUGGAGAGAUCCAACACUCGCUCCAGCAUAGCGGAGGUUCAGAGUGAGAUCGAGAGGAUAUUUGAACUCGCCAAAACCCUGCAGCUGGUGGUUCUGGACGCCGACACCAUCAACCAUCCUGCACAGCUCGCCAAAACCUCCCUCGCGCCCAUCAUCGUCUACGUGAAAGUGUCCUCGCCGAAGGUGCUGCAGAGGCUGGUCAAGUCCAGGGGGAAGUCUCAGAGCAAGCACCUGAAUGUGCAGAUGAUGGCCGCAGACAAACUCUCUCAGUGCCCCCCUGAUGUGUUUGAUGUCAUUUUGGACGAGAACCAGCUGGAGGAUGCGUGCGAGCAUUUGGCUGAAUACCUGGAGAUCUACUGGCGUGCCACUCACCUCCCGGGCAACACCCCUCUGAACCCCUUAUUGGAGCCGAGUGUGACGACCCCUUCGCCCGCCGUCUCCAGCCUGCAGUUUUCUGAAACACAGGAAUUAAUUGAAUGA